AUGGCCAACACUCACGACUCGGGCGCUGCUGGCCUGGCCGGAGAUGAGAUCAGUCCUUACCGUAUACAUGUGUCUAGCAGGUAUCUCGAUCUCACGAAACAAAAGCUGGAGCUCACAAGACUUCCUCAUGAACCUUUGGAGCCCAACAAGUCUCGGGACUGGUGGGAGCCAAAGUCUCGAAUCGAACCGCUCAUUGACUUUUGGCUUGAGAAGUACGACUGGCGAGAACAAGAAACGGCCUUCAAUAACCAGCUACCUCAGUUCCGCACAGCCAUCACCCCGCCAGGCUCAUCCUCGCCCGUCCGUCUUCACUUCAUCCACGUCAGAUCCUCUCACAGCAACGCCAUCCCCCUCCUCCUGAUACCCCCAUUCCCCUUCACGAACCUCUCCCUAGGCCACCUCAUCAAUCCCCUCACCGAACCCAAACCACCAUCUCCAGACGGCGAGCAGCAGCGCCAGGAACAGAAACAGCCCUUCCACGUCGUCAUCCCCUCCCUCCCCGGUCUCGGCUUCAGCGAUGCCCUCCCCUCCGACAACGCCUCCGUCAUCCCAGCGACGACAGACCUCCUCAACACGCUCAUGGCACGUCUCUCGUACAAGCAUUAUUUCGUCUCCAACACCGCCUCCGCCGCCUCCAGCCCAGCACAGAUCGACUGGAAGCUCGCAGACCAUCUCGCCACCCACCACUCCAACAACUGCCUCGGCGCGCACUUCAUCAACCCUUCCCUCGCAGCGCCAAAGCUCAAGGAAGCACCCCUCGAGUGGGUAAAAUGGUCCCUCGCCAAGUUCUUCCACGCGCCCAUCCUAGGCUACCAAAGCGAAGACCUCCGUUCACUCGACGAAGAAGAGACGCAAGCGAGCAAAACGUCAGCCGAGAGGAGCCCUCUUCCUACUUCACUCCAAGUCGGCGCGGGCAACACUCUCUUGGAACCAAACACGACGUCCUUUGCGCUAUGCGACUCCCCCGUGGGCCUCCUUGCCCUCGUUCUCAAAGUCAUCCGCGUUCUCGGGGCCAAGAAGGAGUUCUCGCCUGCUGAGAUUAUCGUCUUCACCCAGACGGCCUGGCUUCCCGGUCCGGAGGCGGCGAUGCGUCUCUGGGCACGCUGUUUGACGCACCAAGAGACUCCCCCGGUUUCAAAGCCGUCUAAGAAACCCAACGUGGCAAUCACAGUCUUUUCAGGAACCGGAGAGCCAGGGGAAUCUCAGACACAAGCCCCGGAUGUCGUCUCGCCCCAGCCAGCCUCAAGCCCCUACGUCUGCCCCGCCUGGGCCAACGUCUCCUAUAACGCCGUCCACGUGCGCCGUGUACCGGGACGUUCGGGCCUCGUAGCUUGGGACUACCCCGAGCUCAUCGGCGACGGCGUCAGGGGUCUGGCCGCGAAUCUGCUCUCCGUCGACGCCAGGGUUCAAGACAUCGUCGCUCAACAGCAGAGGCCGGAAACGGUGCCUCUGCAGGGUGUCGUUGUGCAAUCUGACUCGUCCGCGUCCACGUCCGCGCCGGGUCCGGGUCAAGGGGGUGCGGCGGCAGCGGCGGCGGCGGGAACGGGACCGGGACCGGUGCUACCUUCCACUCCGCAGGUCGAGGCGACCAAGUGGCGGCUAAGCCAGAUCCGCGAGGCGUCUGAGACGCCCAAGAAGUCGUUGCAGCUGGAUGACGGCGAUGCGGGGAUGCUGCUUUCGCCGCCGGAUGCUGAUUUUGACGGGGCGAGUCCGGAUACCAUUGUCGUUACUCCUCCCGUGAACAUGCGGUAG